UUAAAAACAGCUAACGUUAAGCUAGCUGGCAGGAGAGCUAGCUUAACACUUCUGCGAGCACCUCGCGUAUACGUGGUAAAAACAGGAGUCUUUCCAGUUUUGACUGGAGGUGUUCUGUCCAAGUGGUUGAGUCCAUCCAGUCACAAAGAUGGAUUUCCAGCACCGAGCAGGAGGGAAAACAGGCAGCGGUGGGGUGGCCUCUUCGUCUGAGAGCAACCGUGACAGGCGGGAGCGCUUACGUCAGUUGGCCCUGGAGACCAUCGACAUUAACAAAGACCCCUAUUUUAUGAAGAAUCAUUUAGGAUCAUAUGAGUGCAAACUCUGUCUGACACUUCACAACAAUGAGGGCAGCUACUUGGCUCACACACAAGGAAAGAAGCAUCAGACUAACCUAGCUCGGAGAGCAGCCAAAGAGGCGAAGGAAGCUCCUGCUCAGCCAGCCCCAGCCAAAGUAAAAGUUGAGGUCAAGAAGUUUGUCAAAAUCGGUCGACCAGGAUACAAAGUGACAAAGCAGAGGGACCCAGAGAUUGGUCAGCAGUCUUUACUGUUCCAGAUCGAUUAUCCGGAGAUAGCAGAAGGAAUCGGACCCAGGCACCGUUUCAUGUCUGCUUAUGAACAGCGCAUUGAGCCUCCUGAUCGUCGCUGGCAGUACCUGCUGUUCGCUGCUGAACCUUAUGAAACUAUUGCUUUCAAGGUCCCCAGUAGGGAAAUAGAUAAGGCAGAAAACCGUUUCUGGACCCACUGGAACAAAGAAACUAAACAGUUUUUCUUGCAGUUCCACUUCAAAAUGGAGAAGAUGAUCUCCCAGUCCAGCGGUCCACCACCUCCUGUUGGCAUGAAGCACCAACCUCAACUCAUGACAGGACCAGGAUCCCGGCCACCAAAUGACAGUCUGCCCCCACCACCAGGAGGGAUGUCGGUCCCUCCUCAUCCACCUGGGGCUCCGGGUGCCCCACAGAUGCCCCCACAGAUGCCCAUGCCCCCCAUGCCGAUGAGGCCGCCACCUCCUGAAGGCCUAGGAAUGUCUAACUAAGAUUUUUUUUUUUUUUUUUUGCUUUCUCAAAAAAAGAUCCAGUUUUUUCAGUCGAUUCUUAGCAAUUUUCCGGAUCAGGCUGACAUCUCCUAGUUUCAUUUCCAUCAACAUCAGUCCAUAAUGUCAGCUGUAAACUUUUUUGAAAAACAAUUUUUCUAAAUAAAUGCCACAAAAAGGUCUU